UCAUCAUAAGCAGCCGGGCAUCAUGAGCAUCUACCGGCGCAUGGAGAACUGGUGCUUCAUAAGCGGACUUGGCGUUUUUGCGCUCUUGAUAGUGGGACUGACCGCUGACAGCUCGCCUCAUCACUCACCUGACGAGAGGAGAUUGAAAAGUUCUCUCACCAAACUGGAACACUACCAGAUCAUUGUACCACUACUGCUGGAAGGAACUGAACAGCGACCAAUAAGCUGGCUCCGCUCCAGGACUCCUCCUGCUUCACUGUGCAUCCUGAUCCAAACAGAAGGAAAGCAGCUGAUUUUGUCUGUAGAGAAAAACCAUGGCCUCUUUGCCAGCCAUUACACUGAGACACACUACAAGGAGGAUGGACAAACUGUUUCUUGUUCCCACAACUCUACGAUGAAUUGUUAUUACCAUGGCAAAGUCCAAGGGCACGCCCAUUCUGAUGUCACCCUCAGUACUUGCUCUGGUAUCAGAGGGUUCAUCUUACUUGAAAAUAAAACACUGAUGGUGGAGCCAGCUUUCGAGCCAGCAAACGACACACAUGUGAUCUACGAUGGACAGCACCUACACUUCCCCUCUGGAUCUUGCGGACAUGGACACAACAUAUCUACUGUCAGCCAUGCCAGUGCUGGAGAACUGCCACAAUUAUUCAGCCCAAGGCAUAAAAGAGAUGUUCAGGAGACCACCAAAUAUGUGGAACUCAUCAUAGUAGCAGACAACAGAGAGUUCCAGAAACAAGGAAAAGAUGUGGAGAAGGUCAAACAGAGACUUGCUGAGAUCGCCAACUAUGUGGACAAGUUUUACAGGGUGCUGAAUAUUCGUGUUGCUUUGGUGGGACUGGAGGUUUGGAGUGAUGCUGAUAAGUGUGCCAUCACCCAAGACCCCUUCACAACCCUCCAUGAGUUUUUGGACUGGAGAAAACUUCGACUGCUGCCACAGCGGGCACAUGAUAAUGCCCAACUUAUAAGUGGGGUGUACUUCCAGGGCACCACAAUAGGCAUGGCUCCCAUUAUGAGUAUGUGUACCGCGGAGCAGUCGGGAGGCAUUGUCAUGGAUCACUCCGACAAUCCUCUUGGAGCUGCUGUGACUUUGGCCCAUGAGUUGGGCCACAACUUUGGAAUGAACCACGACACACCAGAGCGGGGGUGCGGCUGUAGGAUGACUGUUGACCGUGGCGGCUGCAUCAUGACUCCCUCAACAGGGUACCCGUUUCCCACUGUGUUCAGUACCUGCAGUAAGAAGGAUCUGGUGGCCAGUCUGGAGAAAGGGGUUGGCAUGUGUUUGUAUAAUAUGCCUGAAGUCAAAAUGAUCUACGGGGGACAGAAAUGUGGCAAUGGAUACAUCGAGGAAGGAGAAGAGUGUGACUGUGGAGAGCCAGAGGAGUGUAUGAACCCCUGCUGUAACGCUACAACGUGCACUCUCAAGGGAGAUGCUGUGUGUGCCCAUGGACAGUGCUGUGAAGACUGCCAGUUAAAACCAGCAGGGACCCCUUGUAGAGAGGCCAGUAACUCAUGUGACCUGCCCGAGUUCUGUACCGGUACCAACCCCCACUGCCCUGCCAAUGUGUACUUGCACGAUGGGCAUGCGUGCCACAAUAUGGAUGGUUACUGCUACAAUGGCAUCUGCCAGACCCACGAGCAGCAGUGCAUCACCCUAUGGGGACCAGGAGCAAAACCUGCCCCUGGGAUCUGUUUUGAAAGGGUAAACUCUGCAGGCGAUCCCUAUGGAAAUUGUGGAAAAGACUCCAAAGGCUCCUUCGCUAAAUGUGAAGCAAGGGAUGCUAAGUGUGGAAAAAUUCAGUGCCAAGGGGGUGCCAACAGGCCAGUGAUCGGAACCAAUGCUGUUUCCAUAGAGACAAAUAUACCUCUCCAGGAGGGUGGGCGUAUUCUUUGUCGUGGAACACAUGUGUACCUCGGUGACGAUAUGCCCGAUCCAGGACUGGUGUUGGCAGGCACUAAGUGUGCUGAGGGCAUGAUAUGUUUGAACAGGCAGUGUCAGAAUGUCAGUGUGUUUGGUGUGCACAAGUGCUCUGCGAAGUGUAGUGGAAGAGGGGAAUGCAACAACAAGAAGAACUGCCACUGUGAAGCUCUCUGGGCACCUCCAUUCUGCGAUAGGGCGGGGUUUGGUGGCAGCGUGGACAGUGGACCAAUGAGACUGGCUGACGUGCGAGUGUGUGUAUUAAUGUGCGUGCUGUCCUAUGUGACAACAGCUGACAGCAGCGCUGUGGCCGUGGGCGCGCUGGUCACCCUCCUUUGCUUGCUGUUGGUGGGGCUGAUUUUGUGCCUGAAGAGGAAGGCGCUGGUUCAGAUGCUUUGCAUCAAUAAAAAGAGUGCGAUUCAAAAACUCAGAUCAGUUGGGCGAAAGAGAGCACCCAGCCCCCCGCAGUCUGUCUUCAGGGUCUCACCUCAGUGCAAGCCCCCCACUUUACCUCUACAGUCCAGAUGUGAUAAGUUGAUUCACCCCAGUUCAGAGCCUCUCCUCCCUCCACACAACUUCCACAGUUUGCGUCGGUUACCUGAAUGCUCCAGCAGGUUCCAGCCAGUCCACAUCAGCCACCCCACGCCCAUCACACUGGGGGUUGGCAUGGCCACAGGCCUGCAGUCCCUGCCCGCUGUCCCUCCUCACAGGACUCUGCUCUCUCACACACACUCACUGGGAAUAGCGGCAGGCUUCCACACACUUCCCCGCCAGCUGCCCUACACAAACAACCAGGACUAUGAGAAGCCCAGUCCCCCACAGAAGCCACUUCCAGCAGACCCCUUAAUCAGAGGCCGUGGUGUGGGCCGCAUCAUAUCCACAGAGGGAGUUCGGAUACAGGGGCCUGGUCCUCUACCCGUCUCGAUUCCAACUGUACCAAAACCACCCCCUUCCAUACCACUGCCAAACAGACCUCUUCCCAGAUUACCCCAGUCAUCUUAUGAUCACUGACAUACAGUAAGGACACCAAAACACUGAAGGUGAAUUUCACCAGCAUCUGAACACACAUGUUUGCACUAUAAAAAACUCUAUUGGACCAAGUGACCACCCCUGCAGAACUCCACUGAGUUUCCUACAGAGAAGAGGACUGACGUGACACCUUGGUGCUAUGCCCCCUCAGAAAAGGUGUUAAUUUGUCCUCGCUCGGGUACUGCAGAACUUUUUAAGAUGUAUAUUUAUUGUAAAAAAAAAAACAACAAAAAAAACGAUGUACUGUGAUUGACACUUUUUUACUGUAUAAUCAUUGUGACUUUUAUUACAGUUUUUUUAUAUAUAAAUUUGAAAAUAUGAGACCUUGUUCAUUACAAAAUAAGGGAUGCUUUUUUUUUAAGUGCUUUUUUUCCCUCUACUACAGUUUAUCUGCAAAGUUUGUGGUAAGAAGUGCGUUGGUGUUGUGAAGAUUAAAAAAAACAGACCUUUUAAAAACGACAGCCUGUCUGGGACACUGGAGUACAAACAGCAUCAGAUUUGAAUUAAACUAUCGAGAACCCUGGAACAGAAUCAGCCAGAGUGCAAAAAAAAACUUGCCAUAAAGGAUGAGAGCAAUUAUUGUUCACUCAUAGUUCAGUCAUCUGUGUUGUACUGUUUUAAUUUGUCAGGGAUAGUCAAGCUCCCGAACACUGACAGACCAACUUUUCUAGUUAAUAUUUAUGGUCCAAACACUUGGUGACGACAUUGGAUUGUGGUGUUGCUUUUUUCCCAACUCGUACUCGUGACAUUACACCAAACUGUGACACCACCGUCUUCACAGUUUCACAGAACAGUGCAAUCACUAUUCAGUGUUCUACAGCUUUCAUGCCUGUAUCAUCAUGGCCUUGUUGUGCUGUAUACACACUUUAAAGCCCCCAUGAAAUAGAAAUGAGUGUUUUCUGGCAUUUAGUCCAUGUUUGUUUGCUUUGAGGUCAUCUAUAUGCUAGUGUACUCCUAAACAUUGACAAAAUUCACUUUUAUCAAAUAUACACAUUUAAAAAGUGCAGUUUUUUCUUCUGGAAAAAUUGACUAAAAAUACUGAUGACUAAUCUUGCACUACAUAUUUUUGUCCAAUCAAAUGCUCCCUAGAAUAAGAAUGUCCCUUCCUUUGCAACCGACCAGCA